AUGGGGUUCAGUCCCCCGGCUCCCUCACCAGGGAGUGAACCGCAAGUUCCCCCCGCUUCAUCUUCCAGCAUGUUCAUUCAGUCGCCCCCUGCGUUUGAACCAGAUGCGGCUGCGGGAAAUGUAUCGGGCGCUCUUGUGGGUCUUCAGGGUCUGCAGCAACAACAGCCACCUCAGGAAGCCCUAAGCAACGCAACGUCGCAGCAAGAUAUGCAGGAGGAGAUGCAGACGGGGCAUGAGAGAGGGAAGGAGGAGGCAACCCAAAUUGGGUCUCCAGCAUCAGCGACAAGCGCGUUCAACGAUGCAUGCGCAGCAACCGCUUCCCUGGAGAAUGCUUUGGACAGUCUUGUGAGUCAGCUGGGCAACUCCUCCUUGACAUUUGACAACGGCGUCCGCAUGAUGACAAACCUUAAGUCUCCAGAUAUUGCACUGCGGCUCGAGGCAACACAAGCAUACCGGAGGUCCCUCAGCAGCCGGCAGGAGGCAGCAGUUGUGAAUGCUGGGGGAACUUCCUCCUUAGGCACCCUGCCCAGUGGCACGGAUUUGCGGAGCGGUCCGUUAUUGGACGUUUCUAUCGAUGAGUUCGUGGAGAUGAAUCUUGUGCCGCAUGUCAUCGAGUCAUUGCGCAUGCCGAACCCCCACCUGCAGCUCGAAUCCAUUCUGCUGCUGCAGCGGCUGUGCCGCGGGACCUUCGCGCAGACUUUGCGCGUUGUUUCCUCAAGCCUGUUGGAUGCCAUUGUAGAUAUUCUCAAGAAACUGACUCUUGAUUCUCCCGGUGGUGUGGAGCUGCGUGUUGCAAUAUUUUCCUUUUUGACGAAAAUCGCGCUAGACUUCAAGCACGAGAAGGACUUGUCUCUCGUCCGGAGGCCGCUAGUGCUGCCAGCUGUUCUCCGCUGUGCAAAUUUAGACCGUGGCGUUGAGGCAGUCCGAUGUGUAGAAGCCCUUGUGCACCCCCGUUUCUGCAGCGCAGAUAUGAAGGUGACAGUGCUCAAGUUCCUCGUACGCGUCAUGGCGGAGUCGAAAAAUCCCGCCAGUCUUUCGCUGGCGUGCAACGCAUGCGUGACUCUUUGUGACAGUCCCGAAGGUGUUUCCGCAGUUCUGGAGGCUACGGCCAUGCCUCAUAUCAUGAAACUGCUGUGUCAUUCGGACGAGAACGUCGUGUUUGAUGCUCUUUCAAUUGCUGCCCGCAUUGCUUUCAUCGGCACGACGCAACAGAUCGACCUCGUUAUCGGCAUGGGAACUGUAAGCACCAUGGUGCAGGUGCUGACAGAUCCCGCCGUCUCCAGCCCCAUGGCUAGGGCCAGGGCAUGUAACACCAUUGGAAACUUGGGGUGCGAGACGCCCACGCAAGUCCAGGCAAUCAUCGAUACUCAGGCAUUCCCAUUGUUGCUGGAGAUCUUCCAAGUGGAUCCAGACUACAACACCCGCAUUGAGGCGGCGUACGCUGUUUGCGCCUGCUUGUCACGGGCAAGCCCGCGGCAAGUAGGGGUUAUUGUGUGCUGCACGACUCGAGCACCCUCCUUUUUGGACCGUGGGAGGGGCUCUUCGCGGGUGUACUUCGCCCAAGAGCCAGAUGAGCCAUGUGUUUUAUCGUUGACUGGAUCGAAUCCCUGCCUGCAUUUGAUCGCUGAUAUGCUGGAACUGGUGUCCGAAAGUGACCCCUCCAACAGCGGCAGUCUCAAGCUCUGCAAAGCCAUUCUAAGGGGACUGGAGAACAUUCUGGAGGUCGGCGUGCAAGAGGGGAAGUCUCUCGAUCUACCUGAGAACCCGUACGCUCGCCUCUUUCAAGCGGUUCAGGGAGACAUCAAGCUAGCUAGGAUGCGAUACUUCCCCGACUACAACGUCGCUACCAAGGCGCAUAGUAUAUUGCAAUACUUCACAACGCUUUCAUCGCGAGCCAUAAAAGCUUGA